AACAAUCACACAGGUGCAGAUACUCAAUCGAAAUCAGAUAAUCCCAUUUAAAUAACCCGCUCCUAAUAUAAGUAAGUAGUCUCUUGAGAAAAUAGUUGCUCUUGUGAGUGAAUAUCCAGUACCCAGCAUGAGAAGACUACUCGUAGCCGCUUGCCUCUUGGCCACAAUCUGUGCCUAUCACAUCAAAAAGCAUGACUUUGAAGUGGUCAUAGAUAGAGUUGAGUACACCAAAGUGUCCAACAAAUACAACCUCCCCAAAAUCGUAGUCCCGCAACAAGAACUCGUCCCCGCCAUCGAAAUUUUGAAAAAAAUCGCCCAUGAUCGCGAAAUCAAUUCUCUGGCUGGCACCGAAGCCAACCUCAACGACUACGCUGACAAAAUCUUCGCGAAUAUUCAACAAUUCCUGAUCCACUCUGGGUACGACCCGGUGGAACUACCCGACUUGGAAGCCGGCUUCAACUACACUUUGAUCAUCACGUACCAAGGUGAACUGCAACUCACCAAAGGGUGGUUGGAGGACAUCUCCACAGUCCACAGAGGUGGCGACGUCAUCGUUACCUACAGCACCGAGGCUAAAUUUUUGGAAGUCACAGUACCCAUCGCCUUCGAUGACCUCCAAUUCACCUAUGAGUACAGCGCCGAGAUCAUGGGGUUGGGACCCACGGGCGGCAUUGAUGGUAAAAUCGCCAAUAUCGAAGUCGAGGUGAAAAUUGGGUUCGACGUUACCAACUUGGUGCUGUCUUUGGAUGAGUUUGGAAUCAUUGAUACUAAUCAUAUCGAUGUGAACUUCAAUGGUAAUCCGUUGGUUGACUGGCUGGUGAAUUUGUUGACGGAUGUGGUCACCAGUCUUUUGAAACCCGUGAUUUUGGGGAUCGUGGAGAAUAUUAUUCGAGGAAGCGUGGAAGACGCUAUACAGUCCAUCAAUGAUCUCAUUGACGGGAUUUUGAACCCUACGACGCCUGUUCCUACGUCCACUGCAGCGGCUUUCUUCAUCAAGUAAUCGUGAUGAAGAAUUAUUUUGUUGUAAUUCAAGUGUUUUGUUAUCUAUUGUAACAAUUGUAACGAAUAAACACUUAUUACAAUCGA